GCUAUUAAGGGUUUAGAAGAGAUAUUUCAGGUAUCGAGGGGAAGAAACCUCGAGAGAGAGACGACUUCCUCCUCCAACCUCUCGCUUUUCUCUCUCUUUAAAGUUUAUCUUGAAAAAAACGACCAAGCUGGUUGUGGGUUUGUGCACGGGAUUGAGGAGCUAGGGUUUUGCUUCGUGGCAUGGAACUGGGAUGAUAAAUUUAUUCGAGCUGGAUGGAACUCUGGAAAUAAUGCAGUUGAAUUUAUUCUCUCUUAGUGCCGGCUGCGGAUUUGCUGGUUCUGCAUGCAUUCAAGAAAAUUUAGUGUUCCCUUCGGCUGAAGUCAGGAAUUGAGGGAUUUCCUGGCGGUGUGGUAAUUUACAUGAGGUGUUAAUAAAGCGUUCAUCGGAGCAUAAUGGCAACAGAGAUUCCCGUGAGACUAAUUGGAAGCAAUGUUGUUAGAAAUUGGCCUGUUAGCAUGGAUACUGCCUCGUUUUAUGGAAACCAAAAAUUUACUGCCCCUAGUCGAAGUGGCAGUGCCCCUCCUAGCAUUGAAGGUUCUAGUGUAGCAAUUCAUGAAUUGGGAGUCCAGCAGAAUUCUGAAUUGGAUGCCAUCCUUGAAAAUUUGAACAUUGGGUUUGAUAAACGUCAGUCUGAAGAACAGCUUCGUGCAGAUCCAGCUUAUGCAGCUUAUUAUCACUCCAAUGUAAAUUUAAACCCAAGGAUACCUCCUCCUCUCAUUUCACAAGAAAACCAUCGCUUGGCACACUGCAUUGGUGAAAAUUGGAGACUUCCUUCUUUGGAUGAUGGCAACAAAAGAUAUUUGCUGGCAUCACAACGCAUGCUUCCCACUCAUAAGGAGGAAUAUGAGGAUGAUAGGUCACCCAGAUCAGAAUUUAGUCAUGAUAUUGCACAAAGUACAUCUGGCUCUGUGUCUGGACAGUCAGCAUCUCCUUUGUUGGGUUGUUAUAAAAGUAUUGAGGAUCUGAUUCAGGAAGAUUUUCCAGGACUCCUGUUAUACAAUAGUCAGCCCUUCUUGAGUCUAUCAGAACAAACCAGACAAUCAGCAAUACACGCGAAUCCGAUAUACAAUUCAGACAGGAAGUCUAGCUCUGACAAAAAAUUAUCAAUGAAUGCUCAUAGAAGUCAGGCCAUACGACAAAACCCAUCACGACAAAGGAUGCUUGCACGGCGAAGUGGCACGCCUCUCGCAGCCGUCGCUUCCCCUGUUCCAUUCUUGUGCAGCCUGUGUUGCAGUCAGCUGGCAUUGUACCCCUCUUUAUGCUACCUUGCGCUGCCUUUUGGAGCACUUAGACGUUACCACCCUAUGCCGCCCUUGGCCGCUCCAAACCAUCAACUUUGGAGUUCCACCCGUUCACAGCUCCGUGUGGUAAUUGGGGAGUCACUGUGA